UCCGGUACAAGAGAACGAGGACACUGUAUCAACAGCAAAAACACAACCAGAGACCAUCGACAGCGAGCUCAGGUAGCUGUUUGUUGGUCAGUCAGAGAUCGACGGAGGCUUUGAAGCACCUGUUGAGACUUUGAAGAUCUAUGGGGAAAGGCCGGGCACCCUGCUGCGCCAAGGUGGGGCUGAACAAGGGCUCCUGGACGCCUGAGGAGGACAUGCGCCUCAUCGCCUACAUUCACAAGUACGGCCACGCUAACUGGCGAGCCCUGCCCAAGCAAGCAGGCUUGCUCCGGUGCGGGAAGAGCUGCCGGCUCCGGUGGAUCAACUACCUCAGCCCGGACCUCAAGCGCGGUAACUUCACCGCCGAGGAGGAGGAGACUCUCAUCAAGCUGCACAACACGCUCGGCAACAAGUGGUCAAAGAUCGCGGCGUGCCUGCCGGGGAGGACGGACAACGAGAUCAAGAACGUCUGGAACACGCACCUCAAGAAGCGGGUGGCGGCCAGCGCCGGCGAGCAGAAGAAGACGGGCGGGGGCAAGAGCAAGAAGAAGGCCACUCGCGUCAACUCGCCGGUGCCGUCAGCGUCGCCUUCCUCGUCAACGACCACGGUGACAACAAACAGCUCGACCGAGCAGAGCAACACGAGCAAGGAAGAAACAGAGCUCGAUAAGAUCGAGAUCCCCACGCUGGACUUCGGCUUCGACUUCGACAUGCUGCUGGACACCGUGCCUGAUACGCACUGCCCGGCCAUGUCGGCGCCGACCUCGUCCUGCUCGUCCGCGUCCCCGCCGUGCGUGGUGGACGACGUCGAGGUCGAGCUGCUCGAUCUGCCGGAGAUCGACAUCGUGCCGGAGCUCUGGAGCAUCAUGGACGACGACGGUGGCGCCGGCGCAUUUGUGGAAGCAGCUCAGGCCCCGUGGACCAAUGCGGCGCCGUACAACGGCGACGGAACAGAGGCGGGCGCCGGCACGACCGACGACUGCAAGGAGUGGUGGUUGGAGGACCUGGAGCGGGAGCUGGGCCUGUGGGGGCCCGUCGAGGACUACCAGUACCAAGCCCUUUCGGGUCUCGUGGGCCGGCCCUCUGCCAGCGUGGACGACUCAGUGUCGUGUUACUUCGAAGCUGGCCCUGGAACCUGAAGCCUACGCUGAACCUGAAGCCUAUGCACGUCGUCCCUGGAACCUGAAGCCUAUGCUGUUCUCACCUCGGAUAUCACGAUGGAUUUAUGAGGCCACUCCAGCCGUUCGAUCCUUAGUAUAGAAAUCAAACAACGCGAUCGAACGGCUACAGCUCAUCAAUGCUAGUUCAAUACACACGUAUGACAACUCCCAGUGUACGAAGACUACACAAAAAGGAGAGAUAGUUAGGCUAGGAUGCACAUAGAGCACAGACAAGAAAAAAGUUGCUUAAAAUAAUUCUUGGAGUUGGACAGGA